AGGGCGAUAGUGUUCUUAAGUCUUGGACAGGGGUGAAUAUGUAAUUUCCUUCUUGUCAUUUCCGGCAAAAACUGUAAAAUAGACAUGAAACAUUAACCAAAUUUGAACAGCCAUAAUCCAUAAAUCCAGAGCACAGACAAGUAGAGAAGCAGAGAAAGAAAUGGAGGCAGUGGUAGCAGCACAACAACCAGUGAUAAAAGUGGCGGCUCUUUGUGGGUCUCUUCGUAAAGCCUCCUUCAACCGCGGCCUCAUUCGCUCUGCUAUGCAAUUGGUGAAGGACUCCGUGAAGGGCAUGGAGAUAGAGUACGUCGACAUUGCGCCAUUGCCAAUGCUCAAUACUGAUCUCGAAGUUAAUGGAACUUAUCCUCCCGUUGUUGAAGCGUUUCGUCAAAAGAUUCUUCAGGCUGAUUGUUAUCUCUUUGCUUCUCCUGAGUAUAAUUACUCUGUUUCUGGUCCUCUGAAGAAUGCAAUUGAUUGGGCAUCCAGACCACCAAAUGUUUGGGCUGAUAAAGCUGCUGCUAUUGUAAGUGCUGGCGGAGGCUUUGGAGGGGGACGAGCACAAUAUCACCUUCGCCAAAUUGGAGUUUAUCUUGAUCUUCAUUUCAUUAAUAAACCUGAAUUCUUCUUGAAUGCAUUCCAGCCUCCUGCCAAAUUCGAUAGUGAUGGCAACUUGAUUGAUGAACAAUCCAAGGAACAAUUAAAAGCAGUCCUUCUUGCCUUAAAGGCCUUUACCUUGCGCCUCCAAGGUAAAGGCUAUAUUUAGGAUGCAUUGGAGCUGUGCAAGUCAUGUAUACUUUGAAAUGUGAUUCAUUCGGGAUUUUAUUGCAGCAUCAAAACCUUAAUUUAAAUAUUCUUUUGGCCAAACUGUGUGAUGUUCGAGUUUUUCAUAAACAUUUGUAUUUUGUACCAGCUUGCUGUGCACUAUUUCUUCUGUUUCUUAAUGUGUAAAUAAAAUCCCAGUUGUUUGUCAUGUAUGACAUAGCUUGAUGUUUGA